AUGCUGUUCACGCCGAUAUACAUCGCCAUGACGUUCAUCAAGACUUGGCGUGUCAGGUCGUUCCGCUCGCGCCUUCUCGAGUUCCUAAGCGGGAACACCAGCGUAGCCUUCUGCAAAGUGCCCGAAAACGCUGCAGAAACUCCAACACUAAGUUCGAAGCUAUGCACCAAUCCAAAAAAUGCAUAUUUAUGUGAUCUCCUGGACUACACCAAUGCUACGAGGAUUUGCAGUAUGAAGCCAACUCAGUGCAUAGAGAUCAGUGAUUGGGUGUCAUGUUCGGGCGGGCUACCUCUGGGGUCCAGCGACCUUUCCCCAGUAACUGAUCUUGAUGUAGAAGUACUGUUCGAAUGUGAAAUGGACCCCCAUGAAGGAAGCUCUAAUCAGGAUGUCAUCAAUUUGGAAACAGUAGGACAACUUGUGGCUUGGAAAGCUGGUUCACACUUAGCUAUUGUGCUGAAGACAAACAUUGAAAGUCUAAGCAUGAUUGGCUUUAAUUUCGUUGGUGGAGAAUUCGUCAUUGAUCACAAGUUACCCGUUGUUAGGAUACAAACUGUACAACUGUCUGGUGAACCAAAUAAAGCAACUGAUCCAUCAAUGAGAAGUCUGCGCAGUGACAUUCAGCAUGCUCUCAAGUCUGCUCCAGCUCAAUUCCAAUGGCCAGUUCAUGCUGCAUUGCUCAGGAAACUAUCCAAGGUCGUAGACAUCAAGUCGGAGUCCAAAAGCUCUGUACUGGAAAUGAAUGGUAAAAACGAAACGCAUUUAGACACAAAAAGAAAUGUCACAUUAGCUGAUGUGAGCGUUAACACUGGCAAGUCUCUCAAUGCAGAUGAAGAGGACCAACAAGAAGCAACCAAAAGCGCAGCAAACACUGUAGAACUACAAAUGACCCCAGAAAAACUUACCAAAACACCUGAAAAAUCUCCUAAUAAAAAGACUGAGGAACCAGAUGAAAGUAAACUAGUCCUUGAGAAUGUAACUGUUGAAAUUCAACAUAACAUAACACCAAAGAAGUCUAGUUUAAAAUUAGAUCUAAAGAAAGGCACAAGUCAAUUGUCUACAUCAUUACUUAACAUAUCUAGUCAAAUCAAAUCCGUGACUACACAUAAAAGAAUUGUUAGUACCACUGGGCCAAAGAAAACCCAUCCUCAGAUAGAGGCUGGACCCCAAAUAAAAGAAGAAUGCAAAGAAUCUACAUCUCAACUGGGCACACCAAAGUCUGUCAAAGGUUCCCGUCCACUAGUGAAUACUAAGUCACCAAAUGUGUUGAUAUACUCAGAUAGUGUAGUGGCUAGAGAUAAUUUGGAGUCAUCUCUUAGAAAAGUUCUGGACUGUGAAAGAUACACACUAUACAGUGUGUCGCGCGAAGCACUGGAGGCAGGAGCGUGGCGCGGACGUGCGGCGUUGGUGGCAGUGGCAGGAUGUGUGGGCAGAUGCGCGCCGUUGCUACUCGCACAUUUGCUUGACGGUGGACGGUUGCUCGCACUUUGCUCAGAUCUUCUGCACACUGUGCUACCAUACUAUAAGACUGCUGAGGUUCGUGAAAACGAAGUGGUUCAAUUCACAUUCGAUAAGUGGAAAUCUGUAAAAAUGAAGCAUCACAUCUUCUGCUACCAAGCUUCACCGGCCAAGAAGCAAUUCUCGACUGAAAGCGAAAGACAGCCAUCAAAAUACACCGGACACCCGGGACAUGAGUUGGCCAUCCAAGUCCUGGCGUCAGAGGAGACGUGGCGCACCCCAUCCCUGCUCCAAGCCACUGAUCUCACCAAUAGCGGAAUCGCUAUUUUCUCUCAAAACAAGUUGUCCGCGAUCGAUGGUUGGUGUGGGGGCCGCGCGGGGAAGGGGCGCUUGCAGCAAUUGGGCGAGUUGACCGUGCAGUGGUGCUUGCGCGACGAGCAUCCCACCCAAUCCCCCUCUGCCUAUUUCCUGCCUGUGUAUGUGUACGAGUGCCCUGAACACUUCUCUACCGUCGAGUAUUUCGAUAAUUUAAGCACAAUAGCGCUGGGCCGCCUGGUAGUUUACGCCGAUGUGAUGUCCACAACGAUGCUAGUGACGGACUCUGCUCUGUUGCACGGCGUGGCGGCGGUCGCUAGGCGUCAGACCGCUGGCCGCGGCCGCGGAGGGAACACCUGGAUCACCCCUCCCGGGCAAGCCGCUAUGUCCCUGCAGGUGUGGCAGAAGAUGAACCCGUCGUUGCCGCUGGUGCAGCACGCGGCAGCGCUGGCCGCGGUACGCGCCAUCCGCAGCCAACCCACCUACGAGCACUUGGAUAUAGGAAUAAAAUGGCCUAACGAUAUCUACCACAGGCGGCAGGUGAAGAUUGGAGGCACCAUCACUACAGCCAACUGCAUGGGAGACGACGUCAUCCUUAAUAUUGGUACAGCUGUAAACAUCUCGAACAAGGUGCCGACGACGUGCGUGAACGAUAUUAUAGCCGAGCACAACGCGAAACACGGAACAAAACUAGCUCCUAUGUCUAUAGAAAAGUUUCUGGCACGGUACUGCUCGCAGCUGGAACUCGUGCUGGAAUAUAUGACGGAAGAUGACGGCAUCGACGCGUUUCGCGAACAGUAUUACCAGUAUUGGUUGCACGAUGGUGAACAAGUGCGCGUACAAACGAGGGAGUCAUCGUCACCGGUUGAAGGCACGAUAAGCGGAGUGGACGUAGCAGGCUGGCUUCUAGUGCGCACUGACCACGGCGAAGUGCGCGUCGCCCCGGACGGUAACACUUUCGACAUGAUGGCUGGGCUCUUGGUUCCCAAACUCUAG